AGGUUACGCGCUAGACUUUAUAGUUUUUAGUUUACAGUUUACGUUCAUGUUAGAGGCUAGGAGGCCUACUAGACUUCCUAAACACACAUCGCAGCGUCAAGAAGUGUUUGGUCGUGACAAGAAACUUCUUACUUCUCUCGUUCUGGUUUGCUCUCUGUGCAACUCCAGUUUGCAAUGGUUUGAGAAUUGCAGUUACAUCCAUCUGAUGGGUCCUCCGGUUUGUGCUGGGUCCCAGCUUGAUCGCGGCCCCGGUCCGGCUGUUCAGCAACCACCCCCCGGACCCCUCCACGCCGUUUGAGAGGCACACAUUCUACGAGGUGAAGUGGCAGUCUAGCACGGGCAGUCAGGCUGACCGCACGGACCACACUGCCGAGAUCCGUAUGCUGCUGGCCGGGUCGUUCAAUUUCUUCUUCACGAUUGACAAAAGCGACAAGGCAGCCAAUAGGAAUGGCGGUGGUUUUUUCUUGGUGGACCCGACGUUGCAAUUGGGGCCGAACAAGGAGGAGGUCAUCCUGGAUGAGAUUGUGUGCCAGACUGUCAUCACCAAACUCCUGGGACCCUUCGAUGAGUGGCUGGGGAGACUGCAGGUAGCGGCUGAGACUGGCUACAACAUGAUUCACUUCACACCAGUACAAGAGCUGGGCAUCUCUAACUCGGCCUACUCCAUCCGCGACCAGCUACAUCUGAGCCCAGUCUACUCUCCGGGGGACAAGAAGUACACACUCGACGAUGUGGAGAAACUGAUGGAAUUCCUCAACGCUUCCAUGGGGGUGAUGAGCCUGUCAGACCUGGUGUACAACCACACGGCCAAAGACAGCCCCUGGGUGUGGAAGCACCCAGAGUGUACCUACAACAUGGUCAACUCCCCUCACCUCCGGCCCGCCUACAUUGUGGACCGCAUCUUUGAGCACUUUAGCCUGGAGGUGGGCGAGGGACGCUGGCAGUCUGAGGGCAUCCCAAAGUGUGUCAACUCUGAGGAACAUCUCAGUAACAUCCACCGUGUAUUGCACAGCAAGGUGUUUUCCAAGUACCGACUACAUGAGUACUUCUGUGUCGGAGUGGACGGCAUCCUGAAGGAGUUUAGGAAAGCUGUGGAAAGUAAUGUGAAUGGGGGUCUCUUGAGUGAUGAAACCCGUUUGAGCAUCAAGCAAGAUCCGCAGUUCCGUCGGUUUAGAUCCACGAUUGACAUGAAAGUGGCCCUUAAGCUGUUCAACACUGACCAAGUGUUCGGAGAUGCAGGGCCAGGCUCAUUUUCUCGCACUGACCGCAUCAACAAGUGCUGUGAGGCUCUGACGGCGGAACUGGUCACCUUGAACGCAGCCAAGGAGCAUGAGAUCCAAGGCCACAUUGAUGCCGCCAUUUCCAACUUUGUGGCAAAUGCUCGCUGGAGGUUUAUCACCCCCGAGGGCCCCAAGAUUCCACAGGUCAUCCCAGACGAGCCUCUCAUGUUUGGCUACUUUGUUAUCCCGAAGAGUCAUGAAGGCAGCGUGGAGAAAGAGGAGUUGAUGUCCUUUGAAGAUGGAGAGCACAUAAUGGCCGUCAAUGGAUGGGUUAUGGGAGAUGACCCGCUGAGGAACUUCGCAGCGCCCGGUCGCUAUGUAUACCUACGCCGAGAGCUGAUGGCGUGGGGAGACAGCGUCAAACUAAACUAUGGCGAGUCACGAGAUGACUGCCCAUACCUCUGGGAUCUAAUGGCGGAGUACACCAAGGUGUCGGCCCGUAUUUUCCAGGGUCUACGGCUGGACAACUGCCACAGCACACCCAUCCAUGUGGCCGAGUACAUGCUGGAAAUUGCCCGCAAGGUACGACCAGAUUUGUAUGUGAUUGCCGAGCUUUUCACAGGAAGUGAGGACCUCGAUAAUCUGUUCAUGAACCGACUGGGAAUCAACUCCCUCAUCAGAGAGUCUCUUGUGGCAUGGAACUCUAAUGAAGAAGGUCGUCUGGUACACCGGUUUGGUGGGCAGCCGGUAGGUGCUUUCGUCCAGCCUCGAGUGCGCCCUCUGGUGCCCAGCAUGGCCCAUGCCCUCUUCUACGACCAGACCCAUGACAAUGAGUGCCCCAUCCAGAAGAGGUCGGCCUAUGACAUUUGGCCCACGGCCGGCCUGGUGACCAUCUCAAACUGUGCUGUAGGAAGUAACCGUGGUUUUGAUCAGAUGGUACCCAUUCAUAUCAAUGUGGUCACAGAGAAGAGGCUGUAUACUUCAUGGCUGGAGAAGGAGAUGCCAGAACGUCAGUACAUCAACGCCAACUUUGGCAUCAGUGCGGGCAAGCGUAGCCUGAACCGUCUACAUUACACCCUGGCCAAACAGGGCUUCUCACAGGUGUAUGUGGACCAAGUGGACGGGGACACGGUGUCAGUGACACGACACAACCCCUUGACACACGAGUCUGUGGUGCUGGUAGCUCGCACUGCCUUCUCCUACCCUGGGAACCCAGAUGACCAGGGUCACAUCCGGCCAAUCACAGUGCAGGGCGUUAUCAAUGAAGUGAUCUUGGAAGGAAAAGUGAGGAAAUCACCUCAGUUCACCUAUAAACAAGAUCCGGAUUACAUCAAUGGACUACCAGAAUAUUACCUGAAACUCCGGGAGAACUUCCCUGUCCAUGAGAGUGAAAUGGUCCUGACCCGGAUCUUGCAGAACGGGGAGACAGAAAUCUCCUUCCGUAGCCUGACCCCGGGCAGUGUCAUUGCUUUCAGAUGUGUCCUCCCUGAACAGGCGAAGGGAGCAAUCCUGGACAUCCGGCGGGGCCUGGGUCAGUUUGGCUAUAUGAUGCGCUCCUACAGCGGGAACACCAUGUUUGAUGACACGUGGGACACCUCCAACUUCCGCGCCAUCGUGUCCCGCUUGUCGCUGGCUGACCUGAACCGCUGUCUGUUUCGCAUUGACCAGGAGGAAAGGGACGACUGCUAUGGGUUUGGAGCCUAUAGCAUUCCCGGCGCGGGCAAUAUGGUUUACUGCGGACUCCGAGGUAUCCUUUCGAUGCUGGCAUCCAUUCGGCCAGUGAACGACUUAGGUCACCCUCUGUGUGGGAAUCUGCGAGAUGGGGACUGGCUAGCCGACUAUACUGCGAACAGACUUAAGAAGCACAAGACUCUGGAAGACCUGGGGAAGUGGUUUGAGGCCAUCUUUGCAAAUCUCAAGCUUGUGCCACGUUUCCUGGUGCCAUGUUACUUUGAUGCCAUCGUCACCGGGGCUUACAUGGUACUGCUGGACACUGCUUAUGAGCUUAUGUCAGAUUUCAUCAAGGACGGGUCCUUUUUUGUGAAAGCUCUCAGCAUGACCUCACUGCAAGUGGUGGGCUAUGCCCCACAAGCCCGCUUAGCGCCGCUCUCCCCGCGGCUGGUGCCCCGCCCUCGUACAGAGUACAACAACUGUCGCAAACAGGAUGAGGAGGCUCCACUCUCCAUGUCUGCUGGUUUCCCACACUUUGGUGCUGGUUACAUGAGGAACUGGGGUCGUGACACGUUCAUUUCUCUCCGAGGUCUGCUGCUGAUAACGGACAGACGGGAGGAGGCAAGACACAUCAUCUUGUCAUAUGCUGGAACAUUACGCCACGGCCUCAUUCCCAACCUGUUGAAUGAAGGUAAAGGAUCGCGGUUUAACUGCCGUGACGCUGUCUGGUUCUGGCUGUACGUGAUCCGGGAGUACUGCCUGAGUGACAAGAACGGCUACAGUAUUCUCAAGGACCCGGUCAGCCGGAUGUACCCCCAGGACGACUCUCUGCCACAAGAGCCAGGAGCAGUGGAGCAACCACUCCACGAUGUGAUGCAGGAAGCCCUCAGCAGACAUGCUCUCGGGGUCAAGUUCAGAGAACGCAAUGCCGGAACACAGAUAGAUGAACAGAUGACUGACGCUGGUUUCAACAAUGAAAUUGGCAUUGACUGGAAAACUGGUUUUGUCUUUGGUGGCAAUGAGUGGAACUGUGGAACUUGGAUGGACAAAAUGGGCAGCUCAGCCAAGUCCGGAAGCAAAGGCAAGCCAGCCACACCAAGAGAUGGAUCAGCUGUGGAGCUGGUGGGGCUGUGUGCUGGUGUUGUGCAGUGGCUGGCUGAGGCGAACAGCUCAAAACUCUACCCUUAUGAUGGUGUGGAAAAAGAAGUUAAUGGUCAAAAAGUGAAAGUGACAUACAAAGAAUGGUUUGAUAAAAUCAAGACCAACUUUGAGAGACAGUUUUACAUCUCACCAAAGCCGGACAAAGAGAACGAGCCUAACCCAGAGCUGAUCAACCGGCGUGGGAUGUACAAGGACAGCGUCAACGCAACACAGUUUUGGGCCAACUUCCAACUGCGUUGUAACUUCCCAGUCGCCAUGGUUGCGUGCCCGGAUCUGUUCACUCCGGAGAAUGCAUGGGCGGCCCUUGAGAACGCCGGCCAGAUCUUGCUUGGCCCCCUUGGAAUGAAAACCCUGGACCCAGCUGACUGGGCUUACCGUGGUGACUAUGACAACAGCAAUGACUCUGAGGACAUUAAUGUGGCUCAAGGCUGGAAUUACCACCAGGGACCUGAAUGGGUGUGGCCAGUGGGCUUCUUCCUGCGUGCCAAGUUGUAUUUUGCCAGUAAACUGGAGAAAACACAGCCAGGCAUUCUGGAGAAGACCAAGCUGUAUGCUAUCUCCGUGCUCUGCAAACACUAUGCUGAGAUCUUGAACAACCCCUGGCAGGGACUACCGGAGCUCACCAACUCAGACGGAAAGUACUGUGAGGGCAGCUGUCGCACCCAGGCCUGGAGUGCAGCCACAAUCCUGGAAGUUCUGUACGAUCUAUCCAAGCUGGAGGAGUAGUAUCUGUCUACAUAAGCCUGCUCAGCCUCUGGAAACCGCAACAAUUUGAAAGAGACUUUCAGUACAGAUUGAUGAAUGUAUGUCAAAUAGCACUUUCUCAAACUCAUCUGUUUGCGCGUGUGACCUUGCCAAGUAGUGCACACUGCAAGAUGGUUUAUUUCUCUGUCUGAGGUAUUGAUUUGGAGGUGAUUCGAAGGUCCUAAAAAAAUCUAGUGGUGCCAUCUUUAUUUUUGUGUGUUUUUAUAUUACUUUUAGAGUGAUGUAUCUUGUGUACAAAGAGUGGAAGUAAGGAUUGAAUGAAACAAAUUUCUAUUUGAGAAGUGAGAAACAACACAUUUUUACUUGCACAAGUGGCACACAUCUUAAGAUUUGCACACUGAUUUUUGAGGAUGCUAUCUGUAGAGAGUGAAUCUUCAUGUAGAGUAGGCCUACUAUCUUUGAUCCUGCUAGGCAGGACCCUGUCCCCAUAGGUGCAACUGGAUCUUUCUCAGAUUGUCUUAGAUAAUGACAAAGAUAUUGAGAUAAUGUGAUGUGGUUUAAAGGUGCAAAUAUUAGCUUUUUAUCUUCUCUCGCUUCAAUGUUCUGCUAGUGAAAGUUCUGAAUUAUGUAUUUCAUGUUGAGAAUAUGUAUCUUCUUUGUCUUACACGAACUUUCAAAUUGGUUUUAAAAUUUCUGACUUUCUUGCCCGGUAUAGAUCAGCCUUUCAUUUUGACUUUUCAUGGUGCUAUAGAGUAACCAUUUGAAACUCUGUAGUGAUUCUUUUCCACCUCUUUACAACUGAAACUGUUAUUUUUAAAGUGAAAAAGGUCAGUAUUUCUUUCUCUUUGGGUCGCAUGACAAUGUUUCCUUUUCUAGUUUUCACCACAUAUGGAAUUGUGGACCUAGUGACCUGAUGGGUGUUUUUUUGCUCAAGAAAGCUGUUUCUUGAUUUGGUGUUUAGUGUGAAUGUCAACCAGACCUAUCGUUGUUCACAUACAUGUUAAAGAUGAAUAGUUUAUCAAACUCAAAGUGUCAUCUGCUGGAAAAGCUUUAGACCCCAUUACAUGAUGGAUGUUUGGUUCCAUUUGUUGGAUCCGGUUAUGAUUCUUAACAUAAUCAACUGCAUUUUAUAAUAAAUAUUUAUUAUAUCUGUGCUCUUUCACUGAAGGCCAUUAUUUUACAUGUACACACCAUGUUAUAUUCACAUUAAUAUAAAUGUGCAUGUGUCACAAUGUAGUGGAAUCAGGCGCUCGUCAGUUUUCAGCAUGCAAAAUUAUUUGUAUCAUUUUUAAGGUUGUCCAUUUGUCUUGCUUUUUAUGAAAAAAGUACUCAUCUACUUUGAAUAGAAUUCGAGACAUUUGCAAUUGAAGGAGGUGGGGCACCUGGUUUCAGAGGUAAAAUUACCGAGAAAACGGUGGCCAAAGUUGGGUCACUUCCAAAGCGUGAGAGUCCUUGGAAAUUGCAAACUUACAUUUUUUGUGCCUGUAAUAAAAAAAUUUAAGUAAAAUCCACACAGAAAUGUGUUUUUAAAUGGAUGUAAAAGGUGUUUAUCCAAAAAACAAAAAAAUCUAUAAAAAUGGCCAAACCAGCAUAAAAAUGCUGGUACGGUUUCUUCGAUUUCAUUAUUUUGACAAGCGCCUGAUUUCACCACAUUGUCUCACAUAUGUAUUCUCUACAUUUACGUGAAUUGUACCCUGUAAUGCUAGAAAGUUCAGAGGAGAGAGAAAAAAAACCAUUUCUUAGAAAAAUGUAUUUUGUAAUCAAUUUAUCUACUUGAAUAAUGUUUAUUUACACUUGGUGUAUGAAAGUGUGUUAGCAAAAUCUUGACAUGGUAAACAUAGGAAUGAUCCUUGCUCAUUAUUGUGGACUUGUGGGACCCGGGUCAGCGGUGUUGAUUACAUUUGGUCAGGUUUGCUGGUAUCAGCAUUUGUUGUCAUUGUUAUCGUCAGUGCGGAGCGUCUAUAAUGACGAGGACUAUGUUGUUUUUGGAAGUAUAUACCUGUAGAUUAUGGGUACAACCGCCGAGCUGUGAGGAAAAUCUGUCGACACUGAGUGGAUGUUUAUACAUUUGUUGUUUAUUUUUGCAUCUUUAAAACUCUAUGUGUGUGUGUUUGUGUAUGAAUGAGUGUGUGUGUGUGUGUGAGUGUAUAAUAUGAAAGGGAUAAAGUCUUUUUCAAUGUUUGUUUUCAUUUUUGUCUCCAAAGCAAACAGUUCAGGGUUCCAAUUGUUGUGAUGCUAUGAAUAAACUUCAUUCGGGGAUGUGAAAUACAUUUUGGAUCAUUUUAGAUCCUGUGUUUUUAGAACAGGUAAUCCAUGACUCUUUUUAGAAAAAUAUUAGAUUAACAUGUUGGUGCAGGUAUGUUACUGCUGUAAGUUUAAACUGUCAGUAUUGACAUUCCUGUUCUAAACUCGUUAGUGAAAGUGUGUUUGUGUGUGUAGAAUAGUUUUCCUAUUUAUCCUGUGCUGUGACAUGUCUUUCAGCUGUUGCCAGAAUUUGCUCAUACUUAUAGAGUAAGCGAAUAGAAAAUUGUGAUGAACUUCGAGUGAUGCUUGCUAUAUAUCCCAGACACUGGUCAGAGUAGGUGUGAAGUGUCAGUGACUGACCUCUUUGGAGCUUAAGGGUACACGCAACUUAUUAUUUCUACAAGUUUUAAAUUUAGAACUUGGUCCACAGCUCUCACUAUAUGUUACUUUUUCUCAGCAGACUCGCAAUUUUUAAAUCCAUUUUGAUGUUUAAAAAGUGUAGAGCUUUACCUAAGAAAUUGACCAGGUUUUUGAUCCCGAAAAAGAGAUAGGCAAAUUUUCUUCAAAUGUCUACAUAUCAUUUUGAACAAGUCCACCUCAAAUCCCUAAGAAUAAAGAAAUUUUUACCUGUGGGUGGGCUAGAAACUGAUUUGUACAAGAAAAAUGACCCUAUGUGUGGUUUCUAAAGACUUGGUCAGCAUUGUAGAUCCCCUCGCAUGUUUAAUAACUUGUUGCAGGGUGAGUAUCAGCUGUCACUGUCAAGUAGUUUUGCUACCAGCUGGAAAGUCAUAGACUGCAAGUUUUAGUCUCUGACUUUCAUGUUUCAACUUCAGGGGUUGUCUUGUAAGGCUAGUGUUUGCGGCCAGCAUUUGCAGCAUUUAUGAAGUGAAAUGGUGAUACCCUAUAUGUAAGAGAUAGGUUUUGUUGAAGCAGUAAUCAUGUUUGUUACUCUGUCCUAAUGUACAGAGUUGUGAUGUUUGUUUUUCUACUGUCUACUCUACCAGACUGGUAGUUUCUUUACAAUACACUUUAGUUUUAUCGUUUUGCAUAACAACACAAACUCUGUGUGUCAACGCUAUUUUUUUUUUUAGAAAAAUCAUCUGCUAGAGGUCAAAGUUAACAACGCAUAUUGAGAUUUGUUUGUUAAAGUGUGAUUUAUUCCCGUCAUUGCUCAUAAUUAUUGUCUUAUUCUUUUUUUAAAAACAAAUUGUACAGCCGAACCUGUCCUUAAGAUCACAGAGAAAUUUGACCAAAGUAGACCAGUGGCCGUUAUGGAUUGGGUCAGAGUUUUGAUGAUCACUUAUUAGACUUGAAAAAGUCAACAGAUGGUUUAAAAUCUGAAAUCUUGAUAAA